AUGCCGCUGAUCAACAAGGAGCUGAAGUAUUUCAAAGAGCCCACAGCGACCUCAGCAACCCAAACUCGGCCACGCCAGACUCCAGACCACGGACUCAGGACCGGAUCUACCCGCGGAGGCCGGACGGGCGCGCACGGGGCGACGGAGGGGCCCGACGCCGCCCGAGGGGGCCGGGCGGGCGCACCCAUCCUCCGGCCUCGAACCCCGGAUGAGGCGCGAGAUCUUCGCCGCCGCAGACGCGGGCAGCCUCGCGGGAACUCGGGCGCGCCCGCCCCCGACCGAACGCCCACCCUGGAGGUCAAGGAUGGGGCCCGGGCCCGGGCAGCGCCAGGAGGGGCUGCCCGCUGGCCCCGCGAGGGGAAGGGCUGGAAGGAGCCGCUAGGAGGAGGCGCCGGGCGCGCGCGGCGGGUCCUCGCCGGGAGGUCUUCAGCCACAGGUCGGGUCGCGGCGGUGACCCGCUCAGAGCUGCCGCCGGGGCCAGCUGGGCUCCGGGCCACCCCGCGCUCGCGACGCCUGCGGGAUGCGCGCCCGCCGGGCGGCUGGGGCCGGGCAGGUCCCGUGCCCUGUCCUCACCUCCGCCUCAUGCUGGCGUGUCCCGGCGCCGGCGUCCCCGGGGCCGCCCCGGGUCCCGCUCCGGGCCCGCAGCCCCGCAGCGUCCGGCGCGGACACAGCACAGGCAGCUGCCGGAGCCGCGUCGCCGCGGGAGGCUGGGCGGGCACAUGGGAGGGCGGAGCUGCGGCCCUGGAGACCGACCACAGGACCCCAGCCUCGGGGGCGACAGACCUAAGCGCGCCUCCAGAGCCGGCGCGCAGCGCCCGUCCUCAGCGCCGCCGUCCUACCUGCGGGCUCAGAGUCUGCCAGAGUCUCAUGGUUGCAGGCGAAAGCCUCAAAACAACCUUGUGAGAAGGGCUAGGAGCAGCUUGUUUACGGAUGAGGAAGAAAACUACAGCUCAGAGAGGCUGACCAAUUGGCUGCAGUAACAAGGUUGGUAAACAAUGGAGCCUAGUUUUUCAAGUUUUACAUUUUUUCCACUGAAAUCCCUGCCCCAGAGUGAAUAGAACCUUUUCACGUGUAACAACUAGAGAACAAAGUAUAAACAACAGGUGAAGAAAUACAAAACAGCAAAACCCACAGCAUGGGACUGGGGGAGCCUCGUCCCAGCGCUCACAGCAGGCACGAGGUCCAGGAGGACUUGGAUGAGGAGCGAGCAGCUCUGCUCUGUGUAUUUCCUUUUACUGGUUUGUUGUUUAUAUUCUGUCAAUGAGAUUAUGUCUUUGACACGUCUGGCAAAUUCAAUAGCAAAGGGCAACAGAAACUGCCUCCACUGCCUGGAGGGCCUGGGCAUGGAAUGAGCCCCACGCCCAUAGGGAAAGGACUUCUGUGGGCAGUGCUGCUGCCCACCAGUGCCAGGAAGUUUCCAAUUUGCUGUUUAGCAAAAUAUCCUGUUCGACUGACAGAUGUAACAUAGUCCUGAAAAUAUAAGCUUGGCCAAUGAUUUCAUUCAUUUUGAACUCUUGAAAUCCUCACGGGUGGACAUGCUAGCAAAAUGGUGUGUGAGCCAGUAAACUUAACAUCAAUUAAGAAGGCUGAGCAUGGUCAUUCUGAAGCCAGCACUUCUGAGUUGCUCUUUGCCUGGCCCAGCCCUAGUCAAUCCAGUUAGUCUUCACUCCCAUAGCUCUGCCGUAUCCCCAGAGAGCUCUAAAAGGUCUCUGCUUAUCUGAGUACUUUAUUUCCACAUGCAAACAUUUAUUGGGCACCUACCAUGAGCAGAGAACUAUCAGGCUGUGUGGGGUUAUCCUGAUGGGUCACACAGGAAGCCUGGACUUGCUGAUUGGUGGAGGCGGAUAAACAUCAGCCCUGCUUGGUGAGGAGUGGGUCAGCCUGAGUUCCUCAAAAGGUGUGUGACAGGAUUCCAUCCCCAGUUAAUGUACAAGCUCAUGUUGGAAUGCCCCAUCCGCUAGAGUAGGAGAAGCAGCACUGGACUGAGUUCGGGGAGAGGGCAGGGGUGGGGGAGAUGGGCAUGUGUAUUGGGGAGGAAGGCAGAGAGAUGGAGGGUACCAGAAAUAACUGGAUAUGUACCAAACAGUAGGGAGAACAAUGUCAAUCCAUAAUUUGGCCAUUGGGAGAAUUGUGGUGUUCUGUCUUAUUUAAGAAAAAAAAAUUUCUGAUUUCAGAAGUAAUACAUGUUCAUUAUUUAAAAAUUUUUAAUAGAGAAAAGAACAACAAAAAAUUACCCAUUACCCUUUCUAGCAUAUCAGUGUUACAAUUUUGAUGUAUAUUUUUUCCGUGUAAGUGUGUAUGUAUCUUCUUUUUUGUAUGUACUUUUUAAAUAAAAUUUGAUCAAACUGC